GAAUAAAGAUGAUAAUGAAUUACUUCAUUGUCAAAACAUUUUGCAGUUAAUUUUCUGUUAAUGGGCUCUUGGUCUCUUUUGUGUUGUGGAGGAGCUGAAGCUGUCUGAUAAAAUGCAGUGAUGUAAAGAGUGCAGGAAUGGAAGCAGUUUGAUAUCAUGAAAACAAAAAAGACUAAAGUAAAGAUUAAAUUUGUACCUUGAAUACUGAGUAUGAGUAGGGAGUUGAAUGAGAACAGUCCAAUGUAACGUUUUAUACUGAUAUUUAUGUGUAGUGAGACUGUACAUGAGUUAAUCAAAGUAUCCUGGCUGGAGUGACUGUAGUUCCAAAAUAGGACAAAUAAUAAUAAUAAUGGUGAAUUUCCCUUUGGGUAUGAAUAAAGUGUAGUAAAAUACUGAGGUUUUAGAUGUUUUAGAUGUUCUCCUCUUCCAACACACCUGAUCCAGGUGCUCAACUCGUCAUGAAGCUCUGCAGAAGCCUGACAACAACACAUUCAUUUGAAUCAGGUGUGUUGGAGCAGGGAAACAUCCAAAACAUCAGGACUGAGAAACAGACACUGAAACAUGCAUGAAUUCAUAAGAACAGGUUUUAAAUAACUGUGGUUCAGGUUGUUCUGCUGACGGGCCGUCAUGUAUUCGUCUUGACCUCCUCACUCCUGCUGGCUGCUCUCUGGGCAGCUCAGUGAUGGUAAAGGUGGUUCAGGCUCAGCUCACUGGUGGUGCUGAGGGUGAGUGAUGGAGCUGAAGGUGUGGGUGGACGGUGUGGUCAGAGUGGUGUGUGGCCUCUCACUGAACACUUCCUGCCAAGAUGUCGUCAUCGCACUCGCACAAGCGAUUGGUCAGACAGGUCGUUACAUUCUUAUCUUGAAGUUACGAGGCACUGAGAGACGGCUGGUGGCUGAUGACUGUCCUCUUCAGCAUCUGGCUCAGCUGGGACAGCUGGCUUCAGAGGUCCAGUUCCUUCUGCAGAGGACUGGUCCCAGCCUCAGUGAAGGUCCGGACAUAGAGAGACGUCUUCCCCUGCCCAGAUCUUCAGAACCAGAGCUCCUCAAUCACAGGGAGCCACAGAGGGCUCUCACCUUCAGUCAGGGUCCAUCAACAUUUCCAAGAAGGACUAAACCAAACAGAGUCUGGUCUCCGUCACCCAGAGCCUCCCCUGAACCGCGAGCUUCCCCUGUCUCUUUCCUAGACCCUCUCCACCCUGUGAAUGUGAUUCCCUCUUUCUCCUCCAAAGAGGAUGUGUUCAGGCAGAUCCUGCAGCAACAGAGGAGGCUACAACACCUGGAGGUUCAGCUUCAGGCUCUGGAGAAAGAGACGGCGGUGUGGGAGAGGUCGUCCACCACAGCUCCCGGUCCGACUGUAGUCCCUGCAGGCGAACUGGAGGAACUAGAGGAGCGUCUGAGGCAGAACGAGGCAGAGCUGAUGCACAGGAAGCACUGGGAGGAGCAGUUAGAGGCAGAGAUGGACAGAGAACGAGACAUGCACAGACGUCUACACCAAAUGCACUCAUCAAUGGAUGAUCACAACUAUCAGAUCAAGGAGCUCCAAGUCCAUUCUGCACAUCUAGAAGAGGACAUGAGGCUCAGUGCCCAGAGAGUAAGCUCUCAGGUGGACGCCCAGCAGCCAGACGAGGUCCUGAGGCCCCUGAAGGCGGAGCUCCAACACCGCCUGCAGCAGGCACAGGAACUGGAGGCAGCGUGGUCAGAGACACAGAGGGAGCAGCAGGCUGCAGAGGAAAGGCUGCAGGACAGAUGGGAGAUGAUUGAGGAGCUGAAUAAGGAGCUGAGACAGUGUCAGCUGCAGCAGUUCAUCCAGCAGAGCGGCGGCAGUCCACACACAGACCAGAUGAACUUCCUGCCCGUCACUGGCGUUUACCUCAGCAACGCUGGAAUAAAGGAGCAGCUGAGUCAGCACGCGUCACCAGGUCUUUCAGGAUGAUUAUGACCAGCUGUGGUUUACAGACCCUUUACCACCACACCGCCCUCAGGACAUCAUGGACGUAAAACAUGUCUUCUGUCCAGACUCCACAGAGUGUGUGUGUGUGUGUGUGUCUGAUAAGCUAAUUACUGCCAGACUCUCUGUAAAUAUAAAAACCUCUUUGAAAUAAAAACAACAGUAUUUUUAUUUCUUCUUGUGGUUGAGG